AUGCCAACUGGUAAUAAUAGUCCAAACGAGAGGGCUUAUAGUAUGGUGGUUGAUGACAACAUCAGCAUAACAAACCACCAAGGUCAGGAACAUGCGGUGUCUACUGCAAUUCAAGCCGGUACAACUGUACAUCACGUACAUCAUCACCAUCAUCAUCAUCACCACUAUAAUAGAGAUGAAUUGAACGAAAAUGUCUAUAACAUCCAAAGCGGUAAUGAAAUAAAUGAUAAUAAUACUAAUAGUAUAGUCGAAAAUGGAAAUACAACUAUGGCUAUACCAAACCUUGCAUCCAUUUCCAAUGCAUCCAUUUCGAACAAUGCAAAUAGAUCAGAUAAAAAUGGUAUACCUUUUUUAAAAUUAUAUUCAUCAGUGAAAACAUUAUCUUUGAAUCAUUUAACUGCAAAACAACAUCUUUUGAUGGCUGUCUGCAGAGAUUUUUCAUUAGUAUUACCUAUAAUGUACCUUUUCAGUACAAUGAAGAAAUCUUAUGAAGUUCUAUAUGCAAAGAAAAAUAUACAAUUGUAUGAUAUACAAUCAAUUACAGAAACAUUAGCAUUAUUGUGGCAAUCUUAUAAAUUGAAUAAAUCCAACACAAGCAUAAGUGAUUCAACCUUAUCAACUGCGUAUUCCACAACAACAUCAUCAUUGUCAAACACAUCCUCAACCCUUAGCGACUCUACUAAUUCGAAUAAUAGCAAUGAUAUUUCAUCCUUGUUAACUUCUUUAAUAAAACCGGAUUAUUCAGAGUAUUUGCUAUCGGCCAUAUGGUGUGUGGUAUCAUUAUAUUUGACGUAUUCAAUAUUGGAUUCAUUAAUGGUGCGUUGGAUUGUAAAAUAUUCCACUGUAGCAGCGAUCAUGAGAAUGUUUUCAAUGUCAAUUUUGAUUCUUGCAAUUGAAUUAUUAUUAUUAAAUUCAUUCUCUCCACAAAGCGAAUACUAUCUACAUACUUGGAUUUUAAUUAGCUGUAUACUAACAGCUGUUUAUAUUUGGCAAAGUUAUUUGACAUCUAAUUUGAAUUAUGUCAGUAAUGAUGAUGAGGAAUAUAAAAAUGAUAAAAUAAUAAAUGAUAAUAAUAAUAACUCAGUCUCAGAUGGUUUUCAAUCACAUCCUGGUGAUAACUCGAACUCUAGCAGUAGUGAUAAUUUAAGAACUAGAAAUAGUGGAAGGAAAAAAAAGAUGCCAAAAAAUUAUAAACCUUUCAAAUUUUCUAAAAGAAGAACUAUAGAUUUAUAUAAGAUAACGGUGUUCUGUGUUGUUCCCGUUGGUGUAGCCAGUUUUGUUACAAUGGUAGGGUUGUUAAGAAACUUAUUUAUUCAACGAUUAGAUGUUCAACAAAUUAGUAUGAUGUUGAAAGGCUCAUACACCAUGGAACUAUAG